GCCCCAACCCCCGAGCGACGCGAGUGGGCCGGGCGGAGCAACCUUGCCCGGCCAUGGGCGCCCCUUCGCCCGCUUCCUACUCCGCCUGCUUUCUCAGCUGCUUUCUCCUGGCGGCCGCGUUACCUUCCUUGGGAACGGACGCCUGCCCUUCCAUUGCUUGGAUUCCAUUCCAAAAGAGCUGCUAUGCUCUACUUCAGGGAUCCUCAGAGGUCUACGGUAUGGAUGAUGCCAGGGAGCUGUGCCGAGGCAAUGCUUCCGGAGCAGAUAUUAUUACAAUAAAUAGCAAAGAUGAAAAUACCUUUAUUCAAAAUAAUUUUCAUUCAAAUUGGCAUGGUCCAGAAUACAUAUCUCUUGGCAUGUUUUUUGACACAGAUGAUGAUAUUUUCAAAUGGUACGAUGAUUCCAAAGUAAAUUUUACAAACUGGAUAGAGGAAGAAAGUAACAAUGAACUUCUAAACACUUGUGCUACUAUGCAUACAGCUUCAGGUGGAUGGAAAAAAGUGUCUUGUGAACAUCUUCCACUGACUAAUAUCCUGUGUGAAGCUACUGUUCUUUAUGAAAAGACACGCUUCUUUGAAACUGCUUGGACAAGCAUCUUAGUUGUAAUAUCAACAAUAACUGUGGCAAUCUCUGCAGCAUUUCUCUGGUUUCUUUAUCAAAGGAGGAUAUCUUCUAGACCAAGAUAUAGCGCACAUAAUUCCAUCACUCAAAUUCCGCAUGACAAUGAAACGUUUUUUAUAGAUGAAGUUGAAUAUUCUGCUUAACCUGUUUUCAUUUAGAUACUGUUACAGAAAGGGGCACUGGCACAAAAGCAAUCUUUAAAACCAGUAUUAUAAUGAAAUAUAAACCAAAUGAUGCUUAGUUGUUAUUUUAUGUAUAUGAAGUGAUUUUCUAUCUAAAUGUGCAUUUUUCAACAUGCUUGAUAUCCUUUUAAUAAUAUCCAUAGUUUAGAAAUCAUUCUUAUCCAAAACGUCCAAAGAUCCUUUGGAAGGAGGGAACUCCUGCCUUUCAACGACACUGUGCUAAAUUUAUUUUUGUUGACAUUUGCCAACAAAUCUCACAGCACUCAUUUGUUUAUGAAAUUCAGAAUUCCAAUUGUGGACUAAAAGUACCAAACCUUUUUUUAAAAAAUUCCCAAAAUUUGAAAAUACAAGACUAUAAAAUAUUAUCUUUAAGAAAUGUGGAGCAACUGCAAUCAUGAACAAUGGACAAUUUAUUUAAACCUGUAGAUUGUAUCUUUACCAUGAAGUGUGCUUAUAGUGAAUGCCAACAUUUUUUAAUAUUAACAAAAUAUGGAACGAUGGCAAGGACCUUCAACACAAUCCCAAUUUUUUUAUAUAUGUCUAUUUUAAUAUUCUGUUCUUUGAAAUAAAAUUUUGAGUAUUAAUAUUUGCACUUUUUUGAGCUCAAAUAAAAGCGGUAACUAAAAUGGGCCUUUCUAGAAUUGCAUACAUAAAGCAAGUCAGUAUUUACAAUUAGGCUAUCAAUUACUGAGAGUGUAGUGUUUGGGAAUUACUGCUUAUCAUACAAGAGGCUGAAUAAGAUACUGCUUAAACAUUAUUCAAUGCUUGCCUCAUGUUAUAUUGCAGGCGGAAAUCUAUCUAGCAUUGGUCACAAUUAGGUUAAAGUAUAA